AUGUACGAUGAAGGCUUUCGCAACAUCACCGCGCUUGACAUUUCAGAUGCGGGCUCGGCACGCUUGCCGCGUGGCUUCACUGACUGGCCAUGCGGCUCGGCAGCUUUUCCCCGCGUCGAGCGAGAGCGCCAGGUCGCCAUCGAGUCCAUGCGCCGGAGCCUCACGAAGCCGAGCGCGGAGCAUCGCUUGCCUGGGCCAGGCUCGCGGAAUGCAGAGAAACGACCCGGCAUUGAGUGGGCCUGCCACUCACCGGGGAGCCACGAGGUGAACUCCCGAAGUGUUGUCGGCGAUGCAUUCAACCUGGAGUUUGAGGAUGGCUCCUUCGAUUUGGUCAUUGACAAGAGUACGACUGAUGCCGUGUCCUGCGACAAAGACCACAUUCACGAGAAUUUGACAAAGAUGUAUGGAGAAGCACAAAGAGUGCUGAAGGAUGGGGGCACCUUCCUGGUCUUCAGCGCUGUGGAGAGCGUGGCACGGUUGGCCUUGCAAUUGCCGCACCUCGCUUUCAACGUGAAGGAGAAGGAGCUGUUCCUUCCCUUUGCCAGCCUAUGGGGCUUCGAGGCAGUGAGAGGCGGCGAGCAACGCAUGCCGCUGGAUGAGGCUAUCCGGCAGGCGCGUGCAGCUGAUCUUGCCAUAGCCGAGGAGCGCCGGCUCAAGCAGGAGGCAGAGGAGCGCCUCAAGUCCACUGCUCCGAGCAGCUUCGGAGUACUCGACUGA